CUCUAGGGAAGAGAAGGUGAUCUUCAGAGCAGAAACAAAAUAGUUUUCAAAAUGGUUUUCGGAACCUUGUACACGUUUCCUGGCGAUCAGUGCCGAACGAUAGCCAUCAAGGCAGUGGCCAAGGCUAAUGGUCUCAAUCUUGACAUUCGCGAGACCCCCAGGACGUCCGAUCAUUUGAGUAUCAGCAAGCUCGGCAAGGUCCCUGCCUUUCAAGGAGCGGAUGGCUUCAAGCUAUUCGAAUGCAUGGCCAUUGCUCUCUACAUCACUUCUCAAAAUGAACAGACAACCCUUCUCGGAAGAAACAAGAAGGAAUACGCGGAGAUCAUCAAGUGGAUGUCUUUCUUCAACACCGAGAUCGUAAUUCUGAUGACUCAACAGUUACUGCCCCAAGUGGGUGUGAUUCCCUACGACAAAGACCAGGUGGAGUUGUUCACCAACAUGACCCAGAGAUCCGUUGAUGUGGUCGAGGAGUAUUUGCAAGACCGCACAUUCCUGGUCGGCGAGCAGCUAUCCCUUGCCGAUCUGUUUUGCGCUGGAAACAUUUCGCUUGGCUUUCAAUACUUCUACGGCAAGGCGUGGAGGCAAGAGCACCCCAACGUGUCUCGUUGGUACGAGAUGAUCUGCCAUCAGCCCAUUUAUGCGGCGGUGACGGAGAAAUUACAGCUUCUGGAUGAGCCCAAGCUGACCAACAAUCCGCCUGAAAAGAAGCCCGAGACCGCGCCCGAGAGCGGUGCUGCCGUUGCUGUUGAGGCUACGCAGGCUUAGGCUCCCUACUCGCAUUAAUGCAAUUCUCCAUCCUUUGUGCUUGUUCUGUGGCAGAUUCCUUCUUCCGAAUAUCCUUCCAACCCAUUCCAAAUGAGGAUAUCAAUCAAACUGCUCCAAGCGCAGCGGCCAUGUAGAACACUUGGUCGACACUUUUCGCGUAAGCUCUGAGCACCCAGGCCAAUCUUGAGUCUGGACCACAUCCCGUAGCCCCGUAGCACCGGCAGCAAUGAUGGCUUGUGAAUCGACAUUCGGUGCGUCCUUUAAAAUUAAUGACUUGGGACCGGC